AUGGCCCAAUCCAACGCCCUUUUGGACACGUUGAGAACCGUGAGCCAGGUCGACUGUGAUACUCUCGACGUUGAAGUUGCCAAGGAGCUGGGUCCUUUUGUCGACCACACCUCCAACCAGGCUAUCGCCUAUGGCGAGCUCACCAAGACCACCGCAGAUGGCAAACUGUACCACGAGCAGCUCAUCCGGGACUCUGUAAAGGAUGCCCAGGGCUGGGCCCAUGCGGCCUGGCCAGACAUUGACCCGAUUCUUCUCGCAGUCGAGAUUAUGAUGGUCAGACUUUCACUCAAGUUCAUUCCGUACUUGACAGGAUAUUUCCACAUUCAAACCAACACAGACUGGGCUUAUUCGGUCGAGAAAACUGUGAAAAAUGCCGAGAGAAUUGUUGAGACCUUCAAGAAGCUUGAGCCUAGUUUCGACGCGAAGCGUGUCUGUAUCAAGAUCCCGUCCACUUACGAGGGCAUUGCCGCCUGCAGAAUCCUCGAGAACAAAGGGAUCGCAACACUGGCGACAACCAUGUUUUGCAUGGAGCAGGCGGCCCUGGCUGCCGAUGCCGGCUGCACUUACAUUGCGCCGUAUGUGAACGAGCUAAAGGUUCACUUCAUCCCUGGUUACGUGGACGAGAACAAGGCCUUCAACUUCUGCAGACAGGCGCAGGCAUACUAUGUCGAGACGAAGGCCAAGACCCAGGUUCUGGCAGCCAGUCUGACCACCGUGCCCGAGGUGAUGCAAUUGGCCGGCAUCCAGCACGUCACCGUCUCGCCACCGCUCCUCCGGGCUCUUGCGGCAGCGCCGUCCUCAAGUUGGACGGAAAAGGUCGGUGGCUACUUCGCAGACGGGCCAGACGAGCGAUGGGUCAAGGACUUCCAGGCUGCUCUAAGAGACGAGAGCGAGUGGCGGUUUGCUUUUACUCGUAGCGGUAACGGCAGGUAUGAGGAGAAGCUCAUCCAGGCCAUCAAUAUCUUUUCCGAGAAGCAGCAGAGCCUGGAGGAGCUGGCGCGGAGCUACUUGUAA